AUGCUAUCGAUAGACGUCAAAUCGGAAACUACCGAGACAGCGGCAUCUAGUGCAAAAUGUGGAACAUGUGGUUACACGGAAGAAAAAAUAGAAAACGAUUUGAUGCUGGCAUGUAAUGCAUGCAAUAAAUGGUUUCAUGCAAGUUGUGUUGACUUCGAUGAAAUGACUGCCUUUUCUACGGAUACAUUUCACUGUUCUACAUGCUCAGUUGAACAUGGCCCUUCAACAUUGUAUGAAAUUCGAGUGCCACAUCGCCACAAUUAUUUUGAUUUGGGAGAAAGCUCUUUGCCCAUUCAAGUUGGCUCAAAACAGUGGGUUGAGAAUUUCGCAAAAAAUGAACAUACAAUUCCACCGCCGCCACCAAAAAAUGAAAAACGGGACUAUCAAGUCUUGGUUCUUAACUCUGGUCACGAGUUAUACAAGAAUUUCGACGGUGAGCGCGAAUGGAAAAAUAUCUUGAUGAUCAAAGAUCCCGAUGGCUUAGAGAUGACCAUACCGACUCGAGACUUCAAAAUUGAAGAUGCUCUGAAUGUAAUGGGACCUUUAACUUACGUCGACACAAUUGAUGUGUAUAGACAGGCCUCAAAAAAUAUGCGUCUCGAUCGCUUUGCUGCUGCUUGGAAAGAUCCAAAGCGUCCUCGUCUAUACAACAUCCUCAGCAUGGAAUUUUCAAAGACACACUUGCGACAUUAUUUCAAGCCUCCACAUCUUGUUCAAGAAUUAUCUUGGGCUUCACUUUAUUGGCCGAACAUAGCCAACAAUGGGGAUAUUGAAAGAGAAGAUCUUCCGCAAGAGUUGAAUACUCCAAAAUCAGAGCCGGUGGAUGUUUCUAAUUUUCCACCAGUGCCGCACAUAGAAGAAUCAGCAAAAACUGAAGAUGAUGGCGCUUAUAAAGUGGACGAGGAAGAUUAUGCCAAGAAGCCGGAGGUUGAACUGUUUUGUCUUAUUGGCAUGGCUGGAUCGUACACAGAUUUUCAUAUUGACUUUGGGGGAAGCUCAGUUUACUAUCACAUUUUUCGAGGCAAGAAGAUCUUCUACGUUUCUCCUCCAACAGAUAAAGCGCUAGCACUAUAUCAUACCUAUCUGAAAGACUAUCAAAACCACGAAAUAUGGCUUGGAGAUGCUUUGUUAAAGGAAUCAUCACUCUUUCGGAUAGAAGUUGAAGAAGGUUACACAUUACUGAUUCCGGCUGGCUGGAUUCAUGCCGUCUUUACCCCUGUCGAUUCUAUAGUUUUUGGCGGAAACUUUUUACAUCGAUGUAACAUUUCAAUGCAAUUGCGGAUAAAUGAUAUCGAAGAGGACGCAAACGUUGAAGAGAAGUUUACCUACCCUCAUUUUCGUCUUUGCAAUUGGUAUGCGGCCAAGACUGUCGCACAGGAAAUUUGUGACGUAAACAAUGAAGAAGACAUAUGUCCUGAACAUCUGUAUCAAGGAGCAAUAAAACUUCAUGGAACACUUGAAAGAUGGUUCCAAGAAGAAAAGCUUGAUUUGGACAAGUUUGCACCCCCCAUUUUGAAAAAACUUUCGAAGGAAAUUGAUCGGCAAACGAAAUUACGCAAACCGAAAGUCAAUACAAAUGGAUCUAAAAAACGAGAAACGAAGAAAGGCAAAGAUAAAAAGCGUAAAUCUCCAGCGGAUAUCUCCUUGGCUAGCGGCGAAACGAAGCCCGGAGAAACAAUGAACCAGAUGAAUAAAGACGAGAAAAAACCAAAAAUUGAAAACCUUGAGCCAGGCUCUUUAAAAUUUGUAAUUCGACGCGACACGAUUCCGGAAAGAGCAACGACACCUAAAGAUGACACCUUCGGCACUCCUUUGCAAGUUGAAAGAGUUACUGAGAAAGAUUUAAUGACGAGUAUGUUUGCUUCACCGAGCACAAGUGGACGCCAAAGGAAACCAUCAGCGCUCAUAAAAGAUAUUUGUGGCCGAAGUCUACCUGUUAUUCAACAGACAGGUAACUCCGAUGACGAACCAAAAAUUGAUUUGGAUUUGAUCGCAAAACAAGAGGACAAGGAGUUUGAAAUCGAGAACAGAAAGAAAAAGAAUAACACCAAAUCGAAGCAACAAAAACUUCGUGGUGUAAAUCAAGCUAUUGCAAGUUCAGAUUCUAAAACUAAGACUGUGGUGAAAGUGACGAAACCGACUUCAGCCAGAAACCAAUUGGCGAAGAAAUUAAGUAAAUAUUUA